AUGUGGAUGAUGGCUGGAGAUUUAAAUGAUAUACCAUCAAAUGAGGAGAAAUGGGGUGGGAGGAGUAGACCUGAUAGCAGUUUCAAAGAUUUUAGAGAGUUCAUAGAAAGCAAUGCACUGAUAGACCUUGGGUUUGAAGGAGUGCCAUGGACUUGGUCUAACCAAUGGGAGGGAGGUGGACUGAUUCAGCAAAGACUAGAUCGAUGCCUAGCAAAUCAAGGAUGGAUCCAACAGUUCAAGGAUGCAAGGUGUACACAUGUGCAUAAGGAAGCAUCCGAUCAUUGUAUUGUUCUAAUGGAUACUGAACCUGCUAAGAAGAAAUACAAGAGGAGAUUUCACUUUGACCAGAGGUGGACCUAUGAGGAGGAAACUAAUACUGUGAUUUCGAAUGCUUGGAAGGAACACCAGCAAGGAUCUAGGUUUUUUUAA